GUAUGGAGGCGAAGGCGGCCUGCACGGAGGCUGCUGGCCGCUCGUGCGUGGUGUCCGCAGAGGAGACCGAAAAGUGGAUGGAGGAGGCCAUGCGCAUGGCCAAAGAAGCCCUCGAAAAUACUGAAGUUCCUGUUGGCUGCCUUAUGGUCUAUAAAAGCGAAGUUGUGGGGAAAGGAAGAAAUGAAGUUAACCAAACCAAAAAUGCUACACGGCAUGCAGAAAUGGUGGCCAUCGAUCAGGUUCUAGACUGGUGUCGUCGCAGUGGCCAGAGUCCUUCUGCAGUGCUGGAGCACACGGUGCUGUACGUCACUGUGGAGCCAUGCAUUAUGUGUGCAGCUGCUCUCCGCCUCAUGAGACCUUAAUUCUGUCCAUAAAUCCCACUGGUUGUCUAUGGUUGUCAGAAUGAACGGUUUGGUGGUUGUGGCUCUGUUUUAAACAUUGCCUCUGCUGACUUACCAAAUACUGGGAGACCAUUUCAGUGCAUUCCUGGAUAUCGGGCUGAGGAAGCAGUGGAACUGUUAAAGACCUUCUACAAACAAGAAAAUCCCAAUGCACCAAAAUCAAAAGUACGGAAAAAGGAAUGUCAGAAAUCCUGAAGUUGUUCUGAUGAAAGACUAAUGCCCCACAGGGUCCUGGAUAAAAUUUCCAGACUGAAAGCUGUUGGCAUCAGUGAAUCAUGUUCACUGUUGUUGUUACUUUGUGGGAAAAUGGUAUCUUAUCAUUUGCUCUGUUAAAGGAACAAAUUAGCACUUUUUAAAAGUCUGACUAUUGUAAACAACUGUUAGCUUUUCCACAAACUGAAAGAAUAUUUUAAGAAGGGGAAAAACUAAGGUUUGAGAUUUUGGAAAUUAGCAAGCAGUGCAUGCCCUUCAGCCGUGCCUUAUGCCCAGUCCAGGAAAGUGCUGGCUUUUCAAGAAUGUGCAUCCAGACCCAGUUGCCUGCAUGUGUCUGAACGAGUGUGCCACGCAGCAGACACACUGCUAGCAGUCCCUCUCUACGAGUGACCUUUUGAAGUUGGAUUCCUCAAUUUUUUACAGCUACUAUGUUCUCCCACAGCACUGGCGCCUGGCUACUUUCUAAAUUGUAUAUUAAUUUUAUACA